GUGUGUGUGUGUGUUUUUUCUUCUUCUUCUUCUUCUUCCCCUAUCCUUUAAUAAUCUUUUAAAGAUGCUGCUGGAACUUGCGUCAGCUUAUCAUCUUUAAUAAGUAAAAAAGAUUCAACCUUUUUCUACCUAUAUUGGUGUAGAUUUCUGUUUCUUUCGCUUUUUGGCUCUGUCAAACCCAUAUUUUACUACAGUAAUUUAGUGGGAUUGUUAUAUUUGUGGGGGCAAUUUAACCUUAUUCUUCAAUGGAAUAAUUGGUGGUGUGGUAUGUGGGGAAGUGGAAAAUCUUUCUUGUCAUCUCUGCUACUUCCCAGCCUUGAGUAUGCUUCCAAGAUGAAUUUGGUGGCUUUUGUCUGAUUUGGUUUCUUCAGAUUCCUUGGAGCAUCUCUGCUGAUUCUCCUCCUACUGUAACAGGCCGGGCGGGAUUCGAUUCUUUAUGGGUUGGCUGUCCAAGAUUUUCAAAGGUUUCAGCCAUGGCAGUAAGCACAGGAUAUCACAAGGGCAACACCAUGGGAGAUUCGAGGAUGACGCCUUCUGGGAACGGCCAAGAACAUCCACAGAUGAAAGGUCGGAUUUUGAUAACGAAGAAAUCGAUCUUGCCAUUGCACUCUCGCUUGUUGAUGAAGACCAGAAGGAAGAUGAGAAGGAAGACGACCAAAAGGAUGAUGUGAUUGAAGACCACAAAGAAGAUGAGAAAGAAGAUGAGAAGGGGAAAAGAGUAAUUGAACCCGAAGCAGAUAUAGAGGAAGACGAAAUGUUGGCCAAGGCGAUUCAGGAGAGUUUAUACGUGGACUCCUCCCCGCCAAGGCGCAAUGAUUACGAAACUUUCUUUCCACCAUAUCCAUACUUCUACCCACCUGGCUACAGGAUUUGUGCUGGCUGCAAUAAUGAGAUUGGCCACGGGCGAUUUUUGAGCUGUAUGGGAGCUGUCUGGCAUCCCGAAUGCUUCCGAUGCAAUUCUUGCAACAUUCCCAUUUCUGACUACGAGUUUUCAGUGUCUGAUAAUCGCCCGUACCAUAAAUCUUGCUACAAGGAGCAGCACCACCCAAAAUGUGAUGUCUGCAAGAAUUUUAUUCCUACAAAUGCAGCCGGGCUUAUAGAAUAUAGAGCACAUCCUUUCUGGCUUCAAAAGUACUGCCCAUCACACGAGCAAGAUGGAACCCCCCGCUGCUGCAGCUGCGAGAGAAUGGAGCCAGUAGACACCAGAUAUUUGGUGCUCGAUGACGGGAGGAAACUGUGUCUAGAGUGUCUGGAUUCUUCGAUAAUGGAUACUCAUGAAUGCCAGCCUCUCUAUCUCGAAAUCCAAGAUUUUUAUGAAGGUCUAAAUAUGAAAGUUGAGCAGCAAAUUCCACUGCUCUUAGUUGAGAGGCAAGCCCUCAAUGAAGCCAUGGAAGGAGAAAAGAAUGGGCAUCAUCACAUGCCUGAAACAAGAGGACUUUGCUUGUCUGAAGAACAGACAGUCAGCACUAUUUUGAGGCGGCCAAGAAUUGGGGGGAAUAGAAUCACAGAUAUGUUCACAGAGCCUUACAGGCUAAUUCGUAGGUGCGAAGUGACUGCAAUACUCAUCUUGUAUGGCCUUCCGAGGUUGCUGACCGGCUCAAUCCUGGCUCAUGAGAUGAUGCAUGCAUACCUGCGGCUUAAAGGUUAUCCCAAUCUAAGCCCAGAAAUAGAAGAAGGAAUCUGCCAAGUCUUAGCUCACAUGUGGUUAGAUUCAGAAAUCAUAGCCGGUUCUGGUAGCAGCAGCACUGCAUCUACUUCUUCGUCUUCUUCGUCUGCAACCUCACCAUCAUCAUCGUCAUCAUCGUCCACUACCUCUUCAAAGAAGGGUACCCGGUCGCAGUUCGAGAAGAAACUGGGCGAGUUUUUCAAGCACCAGAUAGAAUCAGACACUUCUGUAGCUUAUGGCGAUGGGUUCAGAGAAGGCAACAAGGCAGUGCUCAAGUACGGCCUCAGGAGUACACUUGACCAUAUUCGGCUAACUGGAAGCUUUCCUUGCUGAUCUGAUGAGGUUUUCCACUUCCAGUCAUACUUUAUAUAUAUACUUUGAUACCAGUUUUAUAGGACAAACCCCCCCAUGCAUAUACAAAUCAUAAAGAUGUAAUGAAUCCAAUAAAUACGUGUAUGUAUUAUAGAGUGCAACAUAUAUAUUGUGAUUAUGAUAUUUAUAUACAUAACAACAUCAAUAAUAUGGAAA